GGGCACUGAAUGAAUCCUUUAAGGUUCAGUGAUUUCUCAUUUGGGCAGCAUUUGUAUAACUUGCUGGGUAGUUAAGUCUCAGUGUUCUAAUUGACACAAACAAGACUAAAACAUUAUGAAGAACAAAACCAGCCACUCGGGCAACAACAACACCUGCUCUACUCCCAGCCUGUGCUACUACACUCUCAUCAAACAAUGUGUGAGCUGCAACAUUCUGAACAGAGCCCAUGAGGAAACAACUGCUAUCCUCAGAGUCGCCUCUACUACAAGCCAAGAUAUAACACCUCCUGCUGCAGCCCAGAAGUGCCCAGCAUUGAUCUUAGUUGUCUUUGCAUGUGCAGGGCUAGUUCUGGCUAUGGCUGCAGUGCUGUGGUUUGUCAUCUGGAAACAAAAGAGAAAGACAAGGAAGAGGAAAGCUGAUGAGGAGGAUUCUACAGAAACUGAACACUGCUGCAUUCCUUUUGAAAACCAAGUUUGCAAAGGACCAAACCUGCCAGGAGAAGACAAUUUUGCCCUAUUUAGAUGCCCUCAUUCAAAUUACACUUCACAUGGAAUACCAUUAAAAGAUGAUAGCUCAAAGAUGACAGGAAGUGAUGUCACUGAGGUAGCUUCUCUUUCUUCCUGCGAUGAAAAAGGCAAUCACACCAUUCCACUGCCAGCUACUGAACUUGGGGCAACUGUGCUGGUGACCACCAAGACAACUCAGGAAAACUUCAUCAAGGAAGUGCUGCCAUAGCAACAUGUUUUAAUAGGCUGAGUGACUGGGUAUCCUCAUAAAUGAUGGGAAUCCCCCUGAUCAUAAAAGAAGAAUGAUGGAUGGAUGGUUUGCUUCAUAGUAACUGAAAGUCAAUUUAUUUCCCAUUUGAAAGAGGACAGAGCAGAAAUACCAAGUUGUUGUUUAAAGGGUAAAAGAGAACUAUUUUAAUAACAAAGGAGAUAUUUUAUCAUAAGUUAGGAAAACAGCACAUUUUCACUAGGUGUAAUUUAAUACAAUCUAAUGGUGGCGUUGAAAGGACGAGCAGUCCUUUUCUUGCAAUAUUCUUCCUGGAAACUUGUGAACUGCAACUAUUUUGAAUUAGGAACUGAUACUGGUUCCUUGGAGAAGUUGGGCUUCUUCCUUACCACUUUCUGACCAUUAUAAUUAUGUUUAUAAUCCUAGGGAUAGAUCACAGUAGCAUUUGUUGUUGUUGUCAUUAUCAAAGUUUACAUUCUUGAAGUGUAAUGAAAGCUAUGGGUUGUAGAGGAAAGUGUCUUGUUACAUAUAUGACCUAACAAUUGUUCAUGUAUACGUCUUGCUGUACUGUAACGUUUGCUCAUUCCCUAGCUAGGAAUCAAAAACAGGAGGAAACAGAAUUGCAGAUUAUGAGAAGAAAAUGGUUAGGUGCCACAUGUUAGAAUUUGAGCUAUACAGGACCAUGGACAGAGAUUGGAGCUUCCUGGUAUGGCUACUGCCAUACUUUAAGUGUACAUGUAUUCAUCAGCCCAGAGCUGUUUUAUUAGAUAUUAGAUAAGGUGUCUGUUUUAUAGCAAAACUUAGCAGGGUACAGAUGAUGUGACCAGGUACAGGAGGGAGAUGUGUGGAACUUAUAAAUAGAAAUGCACAUCCUGUGGCAGUCAUCACUGCCCUCAAAGGGGAAGUUUCUGAGUGGAUAUGCAAAAUAUCUAUGAGCAUAAGCAUUGCAAGAUCAGACUGAGUCCCAGAUUCUUUUCCCAACAGCACCAAGACAUCAGCCAAGACUGCUCUUUUGCCAGUACUUUCCCUGAAUCUGACAUUCCAAGGCAGUUCUCUCCAGUACUUUUGAAGGGCCCUUGGAAAACUACUGUGACAGAAGCAAUGAGGGAUUGACAGAGAGGGGCAUGACAUCUAGAACAGAGGUUACACAUGGGUGGUUGGUACAUAUUUGCACUACCAUCCGAAGCAAAGCCCAUUGAAGAGGUUAUAGCUCUGUUUGGGAUGGCACUGUAAGAAUGGUAGGCUCUCUUUGGUAUAUUUGAAUGUUGGCAGAUGCUGGGUUGACCUUCAUGCUUUGAGGAUCUGUGAUCUCUUUCCCAGACAUGUUAACUGAUAGCCAUAAACAAAAUUCUGAUGUUAUUUUCUCACCAUCCUGCCAACAAAUGUUUCUUAAUCUGCCCAUGGAGUGUGUGUAUGUACGUCUUGCUUGGGGUAAGGGAGGUUAAUGUGGUGACAGCUGUUCUCACUUUUUAUACAUGAGUUUCCACAUGCCUUUUUUCAGUUCCCCUACAUGAGUAAGACAAAGACCUCUUCACCAUUGCCUUUCAGGAGAGAGUCAUCAUCAUUUAUUCCAGUGGGCUAGCUGCGAGUCUGAUGCAGCAAACACAAAAGGGUCUUUGGGCAACUUAAAGACUAACAGCUACAUUGAAAUGCAAGCUUCCCUGGGAUACAGUAUCAGAUUAAAUAUUUGACAAAAUGGCCCCUACACCACAAACCAUAUGUCAGAAUAAAUUUGUCAUUCUUAAGAUACCAUAAAACUCCUCCAUGUUCCUAUUGUUGUGGAAAUGAAAAUUUUCAAAACUAAGCUUUGAAGCAGAUGUGGGAAGUGUUCACCUGGUAGUUUCUGUCAUCUGAUUCAUAGCACAAUGAAUCUCUAGGAAAAUUCCAGUGAUGUAUUAUUAUUUUUUAAUUCAUCAAAGGAAAAAAAAGAAAAUACAGUAUCACUGAAACAGAAAGCAAAACCCUCAGAUCCAGAGCAGAGUACUUCUUUUAAGGCCAAGAAACUAGCCUUCUCUAGAACUUUGAAGAUGUGGUUCCAAAUGGAUAUCUUUCUUGAGGGAAGAAAGGUAUGGAUUACUUGAGAGGAUGGAGGAAACAUAGUGAUAAUUUCCCCCUAAAAGCCAACACGCAAAUCUAGCAACCUUGGAAGAAUUAAGAGAACAGUUUGACACUAUCUCUGCCUUCUCACUGACUUGCCAGCAAAAUAUUCAGCUACAGGCAGUGCUGUUUUUCCUUCUUGAUUGUGGCUUAUUGGGGAAUAAACCACAAAUCCAGAUUACCACAAGAGUGAACAAAUAAGGCUAUGAAGCCACAGCGCUACAAGAGAUGGUGGCAUCCUCCUGCCACCAGGUGGCACUCUUCUACCACAUGCAUAACUAAAAGGAAUGGCCUGGCUCAAAGAUACAUAGCUGAGGCUACUAUUCGGUUGUUUUUCUUGUUUUGCUCUUCCUGAUUUUUCAAGCUGUACUCCCAGGCAAUACACAAGCCUCAGCGACCCAAGUUUGUGACAGCACAAGCCAAAGUGUGGGUGCCUGACUCUCAAAGCCCAAAUGGUUAAUUCUAUGAAUACUUUUUCCAAUUGAAAACUGGCCAGGUCUAGCUAGUGAAAAAAGGGGAAACGGUUGGACAGAGGUCAUCUGUAAUACUGAAAGGGCAAGAAAAUCCAGAACAUGUAAUAUGGAGUAGGAAUGCUGGAUGGGGAGGGAAAUUUCUCCUCUGGAAACGUCCUUUAUGUGCCCUCCAUGAAGUUGUCACACUUGAUGUAUAGUCCCACUUUGUCUAUCACUCAUGAAGCUGAGUGGAAACCAGGUAAUGGAAUACUGCAUAUCACACAUAUAUAUUUAUUACAUUUUUGUUGUCACUGCUGUACAUUUUAAUGUAUAUUUUGAGUUACUGUUUCAGUGGAUAACCAAAAUUACUUUCAGACUUUCCCAACUCUCAGUAUGCCUUCUAGACUCAGACUCUAAGGAUAUGUACUCCAGAUAAUUUGAUUCAGAUUUAUUACCUGUUGCACACUGUGUUUGUGUUAUUUGGGUUAAUAAAAGGUCUUACAUAG